AUGGAGGCUCAUAGGCACAAAUUACAUUCUCGCUUGCGUUUAUGGGAAUUCCCUGAUCAGUACGUUAUCGAGCCGACUGAUGGUUCGGCCGCUCCAUGCUUGGAUAUUAGUCGUCUUGACGGCUCCAUGAAGCUCAUUGAUCAAGUCGCUGAAUGCAACUCUUUGCGUGUCCCUAAGAUCCGUUCCAUUUUCGGUGUCGUUGGGAUGCUGAAGCUCCUGGCAGGAUCAUACCUGGUGGUGGUGACAGAGAGCGAAUCUGUUGGCUCGUUUCUGGAGCAUCCUAUUUUCAGAAUUAAGUCCCUCAAGGUUCUUCCUUGUGAUCAUUCACUUAAAAACUCGCCUGAAGAACAGAAAAAGGUGGAGACUGACUUCUCUAGGCUGCUAAGUGUCGCGGAGAAUACAAAUGGGCUCUACUUCUCAUAUGAAAUUAACUUGACUCUCAGUGCACAGCGCUUGCAUGAUUUGGGAGAUGAGUCUAAGUCGCUUCCUCUGUGGAGACAGGCUGAGCCUAGAUUUCUUUGGAACAAUUAUAUGUUAGAAGUUCUUAUCGAUAAUAAGCUUGAUCCAUUCUUGCUUCCAGUAAUUCAAGGAAAUAUCCUUUAUUAUAUCACCAUUGGAAGAGAUAUCGUUGACAUUACUCUGAUUGCUAGGAGGUGCACCAGAAGAAAUGGUACACGCAUGUGGCGCAGAGGAGCUGACCCUGAUGGUUAUGUUGCUAAUUUUGUGGAGAGUGAGCAAAUUGUACACAUGAACGGAUACACAUCAUCAUUUGCUCAGAUUAGAGGAUCCAUGCCUUUUAUGUGGGAGCAAAUUGUAGAUCUGACCUACAAGCCCAAGUUUGAGAUUGUCCGACCUGAAGAAGCUGCGAGGAUAGCUGAGCGUCACUUUCUAGACCUCAGGAAAAAAUAUGGAUCAGUUUUGGCUGUUGAUCUUGUCAAUAAGCAUGGAGGUGAGGGGCGCUUAAGCGAGAGGUUUGCAGGUGCUAUGCAGCACAUCACUGGUGAUGAUGUAAGAUACCUGCACUUUGAUUUUCAUCACAUAUGUGGGCAUAUUCACUUUGAGCGCUUAUCAAUUCUGUAUGAGCAGAUGGAGGAUUUCCUUGAGAAAAACGGGUAUUAUUUCCCACACCUCGCAUUUAGUCUUGGGAGUUUUAUGGAAUUAACUAAACUAAUGUUGAUCGAUCACAGGUACUUUUUGUUGAACGAAAAGGGUGAGAAAAUGAAGGAGCAGUCUGGUAUCGUGCGCACUAACUGCAUAGAUUGCUUAGACCGCACAAAUGUCACGCAGGCUAGCCGCAAGAUGCUGGAACUUCAACUCAGAAGGAUUGGUGUUUUUGGCGCCGAAGAAGCCAUAAGCUCGCAUCUAAAUUUUGACGAGCGCUACAAAAUAUUAUGGGCUAAUCACGGUGAUGACAUUAGCAUUCAGUACUCCGGCACUCCUGCACUUAAAGGAGAUUUUGUCAGGUAUGGUCGAAGGACUGUUCAAGGGGUCCUUAACGAUGGCUGGAAUGCCCUCGCACGCUACUACCUGAACAACUUUGCUGAUGGAACUAAGCAGGAUGCGAUUGAUCUUGUGCAAGGACACUAUAUAGUUGCUGUUAACCGAGAUAUGGCUACUGUGCCUAGAAAAGGAGGUCUUGAGGCUGUAGCCAACUUUCCAGUGGCAUUGGCUGUGGUUCUGGUCUGUUUAUGGUUUGCAACAAUGUCUGUGAAACGAGCUGGGAGUGAUUACAGGCACUUGUUUUUCUCAUUGGUGUGGGCGGGCAUCAGUGUGGCUGUUGCGGCAUUCAUGAGGGCCAACGGCCGGAUCUUCUGCAACAGGCCUCGUCUGCACAAUCCCAGACCUUGAGAUAACCCAUAGCGUGCCUUUGUUUCCUCUCAUGGAUCAUUUAAUCAUUGAUUGAUUUCAGUUUUAGAGUGGCUUUUGCCGCCGACUAAAGUUUAAGCGAGAUUCUGUUUGGAUGUAAUAAAUUUGUACUUUGCGCCUCAACCAAAUAAAAACGGG